UUCUCUUCAUCAGCUUUACAAAUCUCAAAGGCAAAAAAACACUCAAAUCUUUUUCUCUAUUUUACUCUUCUAAGCUUUUUGUUUGUUCAGCGAAAUGGAUGCUACUAAGACACCCAAAGGUGCCGGAGGAAGAAAGGGUGGCCCAAGGAAGAAGGGUGUAACCAGAUCAGUGAAAGCUGGUCUUCAGUUUCCAGUUGGUCGUAUUGCUCGUUAUUUGAAAAAUGGUCGCUAUGCUCAGCGUGUUGGAUCUGGUGCUCCUAUUUACCUCGCUGCCGUCCUUGAAUACCUUGCUGCUGAGGUGUUGGAGUUGGCUGGAAAUGCGGCUAGAGACAACAAGAAGACUAGGAUUAUUCCAAGGCAUUUGCUGUUGGCAGUGAGGAAUGAUGAAGAGCUGGGAAAGUUGUUGGCUGGUGUUACUAUUGCAAGUGGAGGUGUUCUGCCCAACAUUAACCCAGUUCUGUUGCCCAAGAAAUCUACUGCUUCUGAGGAGAAGGCGUCGACACCAAAGGCCAAAAAGUCACCAAAGAAGGCUUAAGGGAUUGGAUUUUAGGGGGUUUAUGUUUGGGUUAAAUAUGCAGUAAGCUUUUGCUUAGUUUUAAUGGUUACUUUUAGGAUCUAGGGUUCUGUUAUGAUUUGGUAACUUUGGUGUAAUGUGCUUUUGGAAAUAUAAUAGAAAGCAUCUCAUUUUCUAUCA